AUGAGCACGAGAAGACACGAAGAUGCUAGAGAGGACGAAGAGCCAGAAAUGGAAAGUCAGCCUGCAGAAUCGACAGGUGAAGGUAAUGACGUAUCAAAGUCGAAGACUACUGAUAAAAGCAAGGUAGAAGACGAGGCACAGGUUGAUCCUCAAGGUUCAAGUGAGGCUAUCAAGGUAACGAAAGAACACACCAAUGAAGAGAACACCACUGAAGCCGAGGCCAAGACAGAUGUUGCUGAGGAAAUUGUCAACCAGGAUUUGUCAGAAAAGCAUGAGAUUGGCGAUGUUAACCGAGGCAACAAUAACAAUGCUGAGUUAAAAUCCGCAGAUCAGCAAUCAUGA